ACCGAGCUCGAGAGAAAAGCGGAGAAGAGUGGACAUCAUUUCUCUUUCAGCGUCUCUUUGGACUAUCCACACGGAGGCAAAGAGCCAAGAAAUAAAAUCUUUUUCUGAAAGGGAAUAUAAUUUAUACUUUAACUCACCUAAAUAAACCAUGGCCGACACCGCUGUUGACAAGACCGCACCUGCAGAGGUUACAGCCAAGGAGCUGAAAGAGAAGAAAGAAGUAGAAGUGGAGGAGAAGGAGAAGGAAAAGGAGAAGGAGAAGGAGAAAAAGACCGACAACGGGGACGCACCUGCCAAUGGCACAAAUGGUGCUGAUCACAGUGACAAAGUAGAGAAAAAUGGAGAAGAGAAACACAAGAAUGGAGAUGAGAAUGCAGAGGAGGAGGAGGAGGAGGAGGCGCCCCCUGCUGAGGAGACUGAUGCACAGCCAGUGAAGCGUGCAGCUGAAGAGGAGGAGGAGAAGGUUGAGACAAAAAAGCAGAAGACAGAGAAAAAUGGAGAUUCAAAAGAGGCGAAGGUGGAAGCUUAAGUCUCUGCCUUGCUACCUGUUUGCAGCACUGUCCAACCAGCCUGGUCAACAUCUUGUUAUAGAGCUUGUGCUUUCUGUACCUUUUGAGAAAAUCUUUCUUUUUGUUUGCUCCCAUGUUAUCACAUUGCACUGGAGUCCUGAAACAGAGUGGCCUGCAUCCUUUUUUUAUGAAAUGUUAUUUAUUGGUCUUUAAAAUGAGCUUUUUUUUAUUUGUACAAGAGGGCCACAUCAUGAGAUCAGUUUGAUUUUCAGUUCUUGAGGUUUUAUAUCAGUAUGUUCAAAGCACAAUCUCUAUUGUCAGUGCUGACCAGAUGAUUCAUUCAUACGGGCAGCUGCUCACUCCCUUCAAGGCUCAUGUUGACCUCUCAGAUUCACUUAAGGACCAAAGAUAAGUUUUAAGCAGGGGCUAAUGGACAGUUGCUAGCAUUAUUAGUUGGGCAAAAAUGAUUUGUGUUAAGCUGCUACUUAAUCCUUGGCUUGCCUGCCCUGUUAACAUAACAGAUGGUGCAAAUGAAUAAAGGGGCUCUGUCUUCAGCCUCCAUGACAAGAUAACUUGAUCUUUAAUGGAAGCUGUAUUUUGCCACGUUAAUUAACCCCUCUUAAAUCUUAAAGCUUUGGUCAUUUGUUCUGUAUGCAUUCCACGCAAGUUUGUACCAUUUAUACUUUGUUUUUCUUAUGUUUUCAAUGAGUUUCAUGUUAUGGCUGGGUAGCCCAGUUUUGUGUCCAAAACUGCCUUUUUCAGAAACAGAAUGACAUUCGGUUACUUCAGCCACUGCUUUGUAUAUUCUGACUAAAAAAAAUAAAUUGUCUUUUUACUUAAGUACA